AUGGGUAGGACAACGCCACAUACUCGCUAUCAACAGCAUGAUACCCAACAGUUUCUCGGGUUCUUGUUGGGCAGAUUGCACGAGGACUUGAAUCGAGUGCUCAAGAACCCAUACGUUGAGAAACCCGAAUGGCCAGAAGAAGGCGGUGACGAAAAGGCGGUUGCAAAGGAGACCUGGGAAGGGUACAAGAAGCGAAACAAAAGCAUAAUCGUUGAUCUCUUUCAGAGUGUGUACAAGAGCAUGCUUGUAUACCCCGAAUGUAGCAAAGUUCCCUGGGAUGCAAGAAAACGUACGCUGGCCAUCGAAAUCGAGGUUCCGAAGGACUCGAACUAUGGAUACCUGAAGAAGCUGUUUGCCAAAUGGUUUGGGGUUGAGGCAGAAAAUUUCCUUGCGGCGGAAGUAUGGUUGCAUAAAUUCUACAAGUUUUACGACGACUAUGUGAAUUUGACCGAACUCACCAAGAAAUAUACCCUAGUCGUAUACGAACUUCCCGUUCCCGUCAAAUAUAUAGCCAAACGUCCUCAAACGUCCUCGUUUACAUUUGGCGCUAAACCAAAGCCUCCUCCCAAACCCGACCCAAACGCCCCAUUCCUGCUACCUGGAUUCCACAUCUCCGAGGCUCAACGCAGUACAGUGUUUGGCGUACCGUUCUUUGUAUUACUCACCCCGGCCAAAGCCAGUUCGCGCGGGGAGAUCUACCGAGCUGUGAAAUAUCGUGGCCCUAGGUUGCCACUUAGCAAGGACGAAGAUGGCAAAGGGGAGUUGGCUGAACAAAUACCUCCCGAGGCGGACGAGGCGGACGAAGCUGUGACGGAGAUCAGGCCACAAGCCGACGAAAUGAAGGUCGAGGUGGUUCGAGAUGUGGAGAUGCAACCUGCCCAGGAAAUCGUGGCCAAGGAGGAAGCAUCCACGGAGCACGCUCAGGAUGACGGAGAACUUGCAUCUCUUGCUGACCCGCAAGGGGAAGAGGACUUAGAGGUGAUUGCGACUGGGAUCGAAACAGGGCUCAAUAUGAAUGGUUCGUCGCGAGCUAAUGCCUUUGCCCUUGGGCUCAGGAUUGUCGGUCAUGUUGGUCGUCGGCGCCAUGUGAGCCGACGCCUGCUCCCGAUUCACCGCCCACUCCCAAGCGGACCAAGAGAUGGCGAUCCGGGAAUAUACCCAAUGUAG